CUGCCGUUAGCCCAGGAGAACCACUGGCCACGCCAACUUCCGACGGCAGGGGGGACGCUCUGCAGCUAAUUCUAUGGGUGCUUCCGGGAGUGGCACCUCCUGUUUCGCCAUGUUAUGGACGCUAUACGCGAGGAGACGACACAGGCGCUGUUCGCUUGGGGAGCAAACAGCUAUGGACAACUUGGUCUUGGCCAUAAAGAAGAUGUACUUGUGCCCCAGGCCCUGAGGGAAUUUCCCUGUAGUCAGAAAAACAUCAAAAGUAUAACUGGAGGAGGAGGACAUUCUGCAGUUCUUACUGACACUGGAGAACUCUUUUUAUGUGGCCAAAAUAAAGAUGGGCAGUUGGGACUUAGUCACACUGAAGAUGUAAAACAUUUUACACUAUGCACUUCUCUUUCUGAUUGUCCAGCUGUUCAAGUUGCCUGUGGUUGGGAUUUUACCAUCAUACUUGCAGGAAAUGGCCAGGUAUUAUCUUGUGGAUCAAAUUCUUUUGGACAACUUGGAGUUCCUAAUAUUUCAGGAGGAAAUGCUGUCCCACAGAUAAUUAAAACUUUACAGGAUAAUGUGGUUAAUGUUGCUGCUGGACUCAGACAUGCACUAGCUGUUACUGAAAAUGGUUCAGUUUUCCAGUGGGGAGUUGGCAUGGCAUCUCAGGCAGAGCGGGCAUCCCAAGGAAAAAUGGUUCCACCUUUUUUGAGGGCAAAAGAACCUUGCAAAGUAACAGGACUAGAAAACAUCAAAGUGAAGAGCAUCACAUCUGGGUCAUACCAUGUAACAUCUCUCACAGAUGAAGGAGAGAUAUAUGUUUGGGGGAGCAAUAAACACAAGCAGUUAGUUUGCAAAGAUGAUUUUCUUUUGAAACCCCAGAAGAUAGAAACCCACUAUUUUUUUGGUGAAAAAGUCAGAAGAGUCUGGAAUGGAUGGACACACAUGGUGGCGCAAACAGAAACAGGGAAGGUCUAUACUUGGGGUAGAGGAGACUAUGGUCAGCUUGGAUGGAGCGGAAUGCUACAUAAAGAAAAGCAACAGGAUGGAAAGAGAUCAACAGAACACUGUUUGAAACAGCCAAUUGAAGCUCCUGUUCGAGUACCCAGCCUCACUGGAGCAUCUGAGAUUGCAUGUGGUUCGGAGCACAAUCUAGCAAUAGUUGGAAAUCAGUGUUUUUCCUGGGGAUGGAAUGAACAUGGAAUGUGCGGCGAUGGAGCACAAGCAAACGUCUGCCUUCCUCAGCCUCUUGGGGCUCUUAGUUCUACAAAACUCCUUUUAAUUGGAUGUGGAGCUGGACAUUCCAUGGCAUUUUGUCAUUUACCUCGCUUAAACUUCCUACAAUAGAAAAGUCAACAUGAUUUAAAGCACUACAAUUUGAUGUGCUAAAAUCAGAGCUUGAAAAAGUUACUUUUUUGAACUACUACUCCCAUCAGCCCAGUCCAAUGGCCAUGCUGUCUGGGGCUGGUGGGAGUUGUAGUUUAAAAAAGUAACUUUUCCAAGCUCUGAAAAAUGUAUAUAUGGCUAAACAAGGUUGUGAAAAUAAUUGGGAAGUCUAAGUGCUGGCUUAGAAUCAAACAAAAAGAAGUUGUCUUUUAAUGCUCUUAAACAACAACAGCUCACUGAAAGAAAAUCUUUCUUGAUGAAAGUUGGCAGAAUCGAGUGAAAGCUAGUCAUGAUGACUUGGUCCUGUUGAAAGCCAAGAAUUAUACGUGGUUACAGUUAACUCAUUAAUUUCUAUGGGAGAUGGACAUGCUCAGCAUUUGCUAGAUUGCAUCCAUUUUGUUUAAAUAUGUUAUUUUGCCUGGUUCAUUUUAAAAAGGAGAGGAUGAAUGCUUUUUGUGUAUGGUGAAAAAGAGGAAAACAUUUUAGGUCUGCUAAAAUGAAGCAGAAUGUGCCUUGCCUCUUUACUGCUGUAGAAGAGUACAUGGGCACUGCAGCUUUGGUGAUAGUAAAUAUAUCAGAGCAUAUUUCUCAGUACCAGAGCUUGGAAAAGUUACUUUUUUGAACUACAACUCCCAUCAGCCCAAUCCAGUAGCCAUGCUGGCUAGGGCUGAUGGGAGUUGUAGUUCAAAAAAGUAACUUUUCCAAGCUCUGCUCAGUACUGGUGAUUCCUAAUCAGCCUGUCAUGUCACCCUCAGUACAUCAAAUUUCUAUUACAUAUGGAAUAUGUGUAUGUGUAGCUGCUAUAUUCUUGGGUCUCUAUAGAUUUCUCCAAUCUCUAGUUUGCACUUUAAUGCAUGUUGAAUGCAUAUUGCUGUGCCACACAUCCUGACUGCAUUCAAAAGGGCCUUGUGAACUGGCUAAAAUUCUCAGUGAGGCUUCAAAUGGGCCAUAGAGAUCAAUUCUCUCUAGUCAUUCACACAAAAGAUACAUUUUCCCAACCCUUCUCCUUUGUUCUCUUGCCACCCCGCCACCCCAAUCUAAAACCACUUUUAAAAAAUUCCAAGUUCCACAAGUUAGCCUCCAAAUAUAUUAAUAUAUUUGCUAUGCAAUGGAAGGGGCACAGAGAUAGAAAUCUCCAUAGCUCUAAUAGGCUUUAACUCAUUUUUCCUUUUCUAGUUUAUUUACAUUUAAAAAGUGAACUUUAUUUUCCUGGGACUUGGUUCUCCGUUGUACAAUAUGCUGAGCAGUUCUUACUAUGGAUAAGAAGAGGGCAGCCUUGUGUGUGCAUGGAGCUCUGUGUGCAGUAUGGAAUCCCUCACAUGUACACUCAGUUAAAUGAAUCAUAAUUACCAGAUUAAGUGCCAGCUUCAGAAGUGGGUUGCUGGCUGGGGCAGAACUACUUUGCCAGGUUCCCAGUAAGUGACUCAUUGUUGCUGACUGAGAGGGAGGGGAGAAGUGGUCGGUGUGGUGCAAAUGCACUGGAGGAGCCAAUCUAGUGUUCCUGCCAUUCCAUUUGCAUUGCAAUGAUGACCCCACUGCCUCGCCCCAGUAAGCAAGUGACUUACCUGCUAGGAAGCUAUUGUAGCAGCUCUGCCCUGCUUGGCAAGCCAUUUCUGGCCAGCUUAAUAUGAAAACUUGCCAUGCAUUUUGCAUUGUAGCUUGAUUCCAUCUCAAUUUAAAUGUACUCAUCUAUCUGCAUACAACCAUGUUAGAAAGUUCAUUAAAUAGGAUUGAUUUA